CGCGUCCAAUCGCCGCGAAGAAAGAGGCCAUAGAGUGCGGCGGCUAGAGCGGCCCCGGAGAGAGGCGCGAUGGAGCUGAGCGAGAUGCUGUACAACAAGUCCGAGUACAUCGAGACGGCCUCCGGGAACAAGGUCAGCCGGCAGUCGGUGCUCUGCGGCAGCCAGAACAUCGUCCUCAACGGCAAGACCAUCGUCAUGAACGACUGCAUCAUCCGGGGGGACCUGGCCAACGUGCGGGUGGGGCGCCACUGCGUGGUCAAGAGCCGCAGCGUCAUCCGGCCCCCCUUCAAGAAGUUCAGCAAGGGAGUCGCUUUCUUCCCGCUGCACAUUGGGGACCACGUCUUCAUUGAGGAGGACUGUGUUGUCAACGCAGCUCAGAUUGGCUCCUAUGUCCACAUAGGCAAGAACUGUGUCAUUGGUCGCCGGUGCGUCUUGAAAGAUUGUUGCCGAAUCCUGGACAACACGGUGUUGCCCCCAGAAACUGUAGUCCCACCUUUUACGGUCUUCUCCGGCUGCCCAGGACUCUUCUCUGGAGAACUCCCCGAAUGCACCCAGGAGCUGAUGAUGGAUGUCACCAAGAGCUACUACCAGAAGUUCCUGCCCCUCACCCAGGUCUAGGCCUCUCCCUGGAGUCUGGCUCUGGCAGAAGGGUCUUGCAGGGGUCUUGAGGGGAAUCACGGUCUCAAGUUUUGUUUUUCUUUUGCACCUCCCUCCCUCCCUCCCCCGUGGGCUGCACUUCGCAGUUGGGAGGGUUGAGAUAAUUCCUCACCUUGUCCUGCAACAAACGUCAGGAAGAUCAGCUAAGCUCCGGCCCCACAGUUCCUUUGUGGGACAAGACGGAGGGUUGUUGAGCUGACAGAAAUAAAGCCUCCCUGGACCCCAGCCAGGGAGGCACAGCUGCUGACAUCCCCCAACAUAGCCAGGUGCCUGGGGUGAUUCCCAACCCUGUAGCCACUCACCCGCUGGCCCUGUUCUACUCCACAGGAGAACUUGCUAUACCUUGCUGGGGGCUAUGGGAUAUCCAGGUGGUGGUUGUGGGGCCAGGCUCCCUGGAGCUGUGCAGGCAACAUAGGGAAGCUGUUGGGGGGGGGGGGGGGGGGCCCCAGGAUGGCUGUCCCUCAUAGCUGCUGCUCAGACUCCCAACAGGUGUCAUCUUAUGAGGAAACUGGAGGAGCUCUGGACGGAGUCACGGUCUUUUGGGGUUGGUUGUACCAGAGCUAGCGAGCAAGCCGAAGGACAUGCAGGGCAGAUGUGGAGUACUCCCCUCUCCACCCCUUCGCACAUCUUCCCAGCUGCCCCUUGGCUUGGCUUCAUGCUGUCCCUGUGCCCAGGGGCGUAGGCCUCUGCCAAACACUAAGCAGUCUGGAACUGUCCAAACGGUUGCUCCUGUUGUUAAUUGCCUGGUUUGUUUCUGUUCCCUUGUACAGAUUAAAACUGAAAAGUGGA